GACGCGUGUUUGGUGACCUUUUACACCGGAAACAUUUUAUGUAAACACUGCGUUCACUUGGAGGUGAGCCGAUGCAGAAAUAAAAUGUCAAAAAACAAAAGAAUAGCGUUGGUGUUUGGAGGCUUUGUAACGGCUGUUGCCGUUGCGUUUUACCCCAUAUUUUUCUACCCGCUCACGCAUAAAGACGAGUACAGAGACGUCCAGAAGAUGAACCGGGCAGGUGUGAACCAGGCAGAUGUUCAACCCGUAGGGGUGAAGAUAUGGUCUGAUCCAUUCAAGCCUGCAGGCAAAUGAUGACCAAUGACAGCUAACCUUUCACUAAUUCCACUGAUGCUGAUGAAGACUUUGAACGGAGAACGCCUGUUUGAUGAGUGCUUGGUGUGCGCGUGAGUGAAUGCUUUUGGAUGUUAAGUGAUUCCUUAAAUCUUAUGAAUAAAAUUUAAAGCUCUUAUAACUAAA